CCUGUCUCCCGUAUUCCUUUCUUGCAGAAGAAUCAAGCCUGCAAGGCAUUCCACAUUUUUAUCUAAUCAGUGAAUACAAUUUGGAAUUCAGGAUCCCCCAUUGUAACACCAGUGUUUGCAGACAUGGUUUCUUCUCAAAGUGAAAGUGGUUUAUUGAGCUCUGAAGGAGAUUCUCAGAGAACACAGUACCCAUAUGUUACAGGCACGUCUGUAAUUGGGAUAAAAUACAAAGAUGGUAUCCUCAUGGCUGCCGACAUGGGAGGGUCCUACGGAUCCACUAUACGCUAUAAGAGUGUGGAGCGAUUGAAACAAGUGGGCAAACAUUCUCUCCUUGGUGCAAGUGGAGAAAUCAGUGAUUUCCAAGAGAUUCUACGUUACCUUGAUGAACUUAUCUUGCAUGACAAUAUGUGGGAUGAUGGGAAUUCACUUGGUCCGAAAGAGGUGCACAAUUAUCUAACCCGAAUUAUGUACAACCGUCGGAACAAGUUCGACCCAUUAUGGAAUUCGCUUGUUCUUGGUGGUGUAAAAAAUGGGCAGAAGUAUCUAGGAUCUGUUAGCAUGAUUGGCGUACACUUCGAGGACAGUCAUGUUGCCACUGGGUUUGGUAACCAUCUUGCCCGCCCAAUUCUUCGUGAAGAAUGGAGGGAGGACUUGAGUUUUGAAGAGGGUGUCAAGUUAUUGGAGAAAUGCAUGCGUAACCUUCUAUACCGUGAUAGGUCGGCCGUCAACAAGCUUCAGAUAGCGAAGAUCACAGAGGACGGGUUAACAAUCUCUCAGCCAUACUCUUUGAAGACUUUCUGGAAUUUUGGUGCUUUUCAGAACCCGACAGUUGGUGCUGAGGGAUCAUGGUAGGAGGAGAAACACGAUCGGUUUCACAUGUUACUGCGAAUCUGGAUCGUUUUUCUUUGAUGUUCUUGUUUGCUUACUAUCGUUUUCGCAUGGUAUGGUAUUCUUUCAGAGAUCUAUUGUUAGUUCAUGUACAAUUCCACCUCCAUUAUUAGUUCCUUUAAAUCCUUCUGCCCACUU